GAUCUUGUUUCGCACCGGAACCAAAUAUGUCCCUUUCCGGUUUAGGAACUGUUAAAUUGCUGAUCAGGGAUAUAUAUAUAUUUAGUUGCUUGUCUUUGAUGAAAGAUUUGAAGUGCGAGAGUUCAGACUGAAUUGCCUGCAAGUUCAUCAUGAUUCUCCAACAGCUCUUCAGGUUUUCUUACAUUUUUCGUUCCACUGUCUCCAUCCACUUGCAUAGAAACAUUGGUUUUUCUGCUGUUGUCUUCAAUAAAGCAAAGGAACUUGAUCCUGUGCAGAAACUCUUUGUGGACAAGAUUAGAGAAUACAAUACAAAAAGCCAGAAAGCUGGCGGCCCUGUUGAUUCUGGACCAGAAUAUCAGAAAGAUCUGAAUGAAGGAAUUGCUAAACUUCAACGAUUAUAUGGUGGUGGAGACUUGACCAAAUUUCCAGACCUAAAAUUUGAAGAACCCAAGUUUGAAGAAGAUCAGAAGUAAUGUGAGGGACAUGCCUACCCAAUGUCAGGUUGGAUGCGUUUCGUAGGUCUGCAGUUGUAACUUAAAUAAACAGUUCGUUGUUCAAA